AUGAUUACUAAACAACAACAACAACAUAAACGGCAUACCGCAACAACAGUCUCAACACAGCAAUUGGGGUUGAUUUUUAAGUUUGAUGGUUAUGCUGAUGUUACUGACGACAACGCUGAUGGUAAUGUUUUCGCUGCUGCUGGUGACUGGGCUGACUAUCUGUUGCCUUACCGGUGGCGUGAUUGGUAUUGGGAAUUGCUUUGCGACUCGUUUUGCAAAUUUUCCAAUGUAAAGUGUCACUCUUACGACAAGUCAAAGAUAGUCUUCAAAUCAUGCUUCUUGAAAGCGGUGCGUGGUGAGGACAGUUACAUGAAAGUGCAUGCGCAUCUGAAAGAGGUUGGCCGGGAAGCAAAUGUCUCUAUUCGCCUGCUAAAGCGUGCCAAUGGUUGGAAACCUUUCCUGUACAAAGUCCACUUUGACGGUUGUAAAUUUAUGAAAAAUCCGCGAGCGAAUCCUGUGGCCGAAUUCUUCUACAAGAUAAUGAAAGAGUACAGUAAUCUUAAUCACACCUGUCCGUAUGAUCACGAUUUGAUAUUGGACAAAUUUCGUCUCAGCAGCGAUUUGGUGAAAUUGCCUUUCCCUAUUGGUGAGUAUGCCGUGGAUACAACCUGGUUUGUUAACGGUCAAUUGUGGGCUCGCGUAAAUGGUUCCUGCAGAGGCGCAGUCGAUAUGUAA